GCGGCAGCCAAGAGGGGGCCCUCCCCCCUCCUCGGCGGGAGGGGGGGUGGUGCGCACGCCCCCGAGGACGCAGGCGUGAUUUCCCUCAGUACGGCGGCACCGUGGAAGUACAGACUUUCACAGGGGGUGUGGUCUCAGCUCACACAGGUGCUCCAGAGGCCGGUGGACCUGAGCGGAGGCUGGGACGCCCUAGUGGGCCCCGGGCCCUGGAAGGCGGGUCCCGGUGGCCGGUGGCCCAGAAUGAGGCCAGCUCCCAGCAUGCCCUGCAGCCGGACGCCAGCCCCUCGGCCAGCAGCAGUGGUGAUAACGACCCAGUCAUUCUUCAGGCGUCCAAAGAGGAGCCUGGGAGUGGGACCAUGCAGAGCAGCCCCUCCCCUGCUCACCCUCAGCUCCCAAUCCUGCAGGCACAGAUGGUGUCGGACGGCAUGACAGGCAGCAAUCCUGUGUCCCCUGCCUCAUCCAGUUCCCCAGCCUCUAGUGGGGCAGGCGGCAUCUCCCCCCAGCAUAUAGCUCAAGAUUCCUCUCUGGAUGGACCUCCAGGGCCCCCAGAUAGUGCCACAGUGCCCCUGGAGGGGCUCAGCUUACCCCAGGCUGCUGACCUGGCUAACAAGGGCCCAAAGUGGGAGAAGAGCCAUGCUGAGAUUGCAGAGCAGGCCAAGCAUGAGGCUGAGAUUGAGACUCGGAUUGCUGAGCUGCGGAAGGAGGGUUUUUGGUCACUGAAGAGGCUGCCUAAAGUGCCCGAGCCUCCCCGCCCCAAAGGCCACUGGGACUAUCUUUGUGAGGAGAUGCAGUGGCUCUCUGCUGACUUUGCUCAGGAGCGACGUUGGAAACGGGGUGUGGCCCGUAAGGUUGUGCGCAUGGUCAUCCGGCACCACGAGGAGCAACGGCAGAAAGAGGAACGGGCUCGGAGAGAAGAGCAGGCCAAGCUACGCCGAAUCGCCUCCACCAUGGCCAAGGACGUCAGGCAGUUCUGGAGCAAUGUGGAGAAGGUGGUGCAAUUCAAGCAACAGUCCCGGCUUGAGGAAAAGCGUAAAAAAGCUCUGGACCUGCACCUGGACUUCAUUGUGGGGCAAACUGAAAAGUACUCAGACCUUUUAUCUCAGAGCCUCAACCAGCCGCUAGCAUCCAGCAAAGCUGGCUCUUCCCCCUGCCUUGGCUCUUCCUCAGCUGCCUCUAGUCCUCCACCCCCGGUUUCCCGGCUGGACGAUGAAGAUGGGGACUUCCAACCCCAAGAGGAGGAGGAAGAGGAUGAUGAGGAGACGAUUGAGGUUGAAGAACAACAGGAAGGCAACGAUGCAGAGACCCAGAGGCGUGAGAUUGAACUGCUUCGACGUGAGGGAGAAUUGCCAUUGGAAGAGCUGCUCCGUUCCCUCCCCCCUCAGCUGCUAGGAGGGCCUUCCAGCCCCUCGAGAACCCCCUCAUCUCGUGACAGUGACACCCGAGAUGGGCCUGAAGAAGGUGGUGAAGAAGAGCCCUCUCAGGUGUUACAGGUGAAGCCCCCACCCUCUGUCACACAGCGCAACAAACAGCCUUGGCAUCCAGAUGAGGAUGAUGAAGAGUUUACUGCCAAUGAGGAUGAAGCGGAGGAUGAAGAGGAUACUAUAGCAGCUGAGGAGCAGUUGGAAGGGGAGGUGGAUCAUGCCAUGGAGCUGAGCGAGUUGGCUCGAGAAGGUGAGCUAUCUAUGGAGGAGCUCUUGCAGCAGUACGCGGGAGCCUAUGCUUCUGAUGCCUCUGCCCCAGGCUCUGGGAGUAGUGAAGAGGAAGACGAAGAUGAGGUUGAGGCUAACAGCUCUGACUGUGAACCAGAGGGGGCCCUGGAAGCCGAAGAGGCUCCUCAAGAGGAUAGUAGCAGUCAGUCAGAAUCUGCUGAGGAGCAGAGCGAGGAAGAGGAAGAUGAGCGUUCAGAGGAGGAAGAAACAAGUGGCAGUUCAGAAUCAGAGGAAUCGGAGUCUGAUGAGUCUGAGGAGUCUCGAUCACAGAGCCAAGCAGAGGAGGAGGAAGAGGAGGAGGAAGACGAUGACUUUGGGGUGGAGUACUUGCUUGCCCGGGAUGAAGAGCAGAGUGAGGCAGAUGGGGGCAGUGGACCUCCCACCCCAGGACCUGCCACUACUCUAGGCCCUAAGAAGGAAAUUAGUGACAUCGCUGCGGCAGCUGAAAGUCUUCAGCCCAAGGGUUAUACCUUGGCCACCACGCAGGUGAAGACUCCCAUCCCCCUGCUCCUGCGGGGCCAGCUCCGGGAGUACCAACACAUUGGGCUGGACUGGCUGGUUACUAUGUAUGAGAAGAAGCUUAAUGGUAUUCUUGCUGACGAGAUGGGGCUAGGCAAGACAAUCCAGACCAUCUCCCUUCUUGCCCACUUGGCCUGUGAAAAAGGUAACUGGGGUCCCCAUUUGAUCAUUGUCCCCACCAGUGUGAUGCUGAACUGGGAGAUGGAGCUGAAACGGUGGUGCCCCAGCUUUAAAAUCCUCACUUACUAUGGAGCCCAGAAAGAGAGGAAGCUCAAGCGGCAGGGCUGGACCAAGCCCAAUGCCUUCCAUGUGUGUAUCACGUCUUACAAGCUGGUGCUGCAGGACCACCAGGCCUUCCGGCGCAAGAACUGGCGCUAUCUCAUUCUGGAUGAGGCUCAGAACAUCAAGAACUUCAAGUCACAGCGCUGGCAGUCACUGCUCAACUUCAACAGCCAGAGACGCCUGCUCCUCACAGGAACGCCAUUGCAGAACAGUCUCAUGGAGCUGUGGUCCUUGAUGCACUUUUUGAUGCCCCAUGUCUUCCAGUCUCAUCGCGAGUUUAAAGAAUGGUUCUCUAACCCCCUAACUGGCAUGAUUGAGGGCAGCCAAGAGUACAAUGAAGGUCUAGUCAAACGCCUCCACAAGGUUUUGCGGCCUUUUUUGCUGCGUCGAGUUAAGGUGGAUGUUGAGAAGCAGAUGCCUAAAAAAUAUGAGCACGUUAUCCGCUGCCGGCUCUCCAAGCGUCAGCGCUGUCUCUAUGAUGACUUCAUGGCACAGACCACAACUAAGGAGACACUAGCCACAGGCCAUUUCAUGAGUGUCAUCAACAUCUUGAUGCAGCUGCGAAAAGUCUGCAAUCAUCCAAACCUGUUUGACCCUCGACCUGUUACCUCCCCCUUCAUCACCCCAGGAAUUUGCUUCAGCACCGCCUCUCUGGUGCUAAGGGCCACUGAUGUCCACCCCCUCCAGCGGAUAGACAUGGGUCGGUUUGAUCUUAUUGGCCUGGAGGGUCGUGUGUCUAGAUAUGAGGCUGACACAUUUCUACCCCGGCACCGCCUGUCCCGCCGGGUACUGCUAGAGGUGGCUACUGCUCCUGACCCCCCACCCCGGCCCAAACCAGUCAAGAUGAAGGUCAACAGGAUGCUGCAGCCAGUGCCCAAGCAGGAAGGUCGUACAGUAGUGGUGGUGAACAGCCCACGGACCCCCAUGGGCCCUGUCCCGGUCCGACCCCCUCCAGGCCCUGAGCUCUCCACCCAGCCCACCCCUGGCCCAACCCCCCCAGUGCUGCCAGCACCACUGAUGGUGUCGGCCUCGCCUGUUGGGCCCCCGCUUGUUCCAGCGUCCCGGCCUCCUGGCCCUGUUCUGUUGCCCCCGCUGCAGCCAAAUAGUGGGCCUCUGCCCCAGGUGUUGCCAUCCCCCCUGGGGGUCCUUAGUGGGACUUCACGGCCUCCUACGCCAACCCUGUCCCUGAAACCGGCCCCACCUGCUCCUGUUCGCCUGAGCCCUGCCCCGCCUCCAGGCUCCUCCAGCCUGUUGAAGCCCCUGACAGUGCCACCAGGCUACACUUUCCCUUCUGCUGCCACCACCACCUCUACCACCACAGCCACUGCUCCCACCACGGCAGUGCCAGCUUCUACUCCUGCACCACAGCGCCUCAUCUUGUCUCCUGAUAUGCAGGCUCGCCUGCCCUCAGGCGAAGUGGUCAGCAUCGGGCAGUUGGCCUCCCUGGCACAACGUCCAGUGGCCAGCGCAGGGGGAAGCAAACCUCUCACCUUCCAGAUCCAGGGCAACAAGCUGACUUUGACUGGUGCGCAGGUGCGCCAGCUUGCUGUGGGGCAGCCCCGCCCGCUGCAAAUGCCACCAACCAUGGUGAAUAAUACAGGCGUGGUGAAGAUUGUAGUGAGACAGGCCCCUCGGGAUGGACUGACUCCUGUUCCUCCGUUGGCCCCAGCACCCCGGCCUCCGAGUUCUGGGCUUCCAGCUGUGUUGACUCCACGCCCCACAUUAACCCCUGGCCGGCUACCCACACCUCCUCUGGGUACUGCCCGGUCCCCCAUCCCCACGUCCACUCUGGUGAGGCCCCUUCUCAAGCUGGUCCACAGUCCUUCGCCCGAAGUCAGUGUACCAGCUCCAGCCCAGACAUUGUCUUUGGCGCCGGGACCACCACUGGGUCCAUCGCAGACGCUAUCUCUGGCUCCAGCACCCUCUUUGACUCCAGCUUCUCCGAUGGGCCCAGCCCCAGCUCACACGCUGACUUUGGCUCCAGUAUCGUCAUCUGCUUCACUCCUGACCCCAGCUUCAGUGCAAACGUUGACCUUGAGCCCUGCCCCAGUUCCGGUGUCCACCUUGGGUCCAGCUGCAGCCCAGACUCUGGCACUGGCCCCGGUCUCAACACAGGCUUCCGCUUCCCAGACAUCCUCCCUUAUGGUUUCGGCAUCUGGCGCUGCUCCCUUGCCCGUCACCAUGGUAUCCCGGCUGCCUGUUUCCAAGGAUGAGCCUGAGACGCUGACAUUGCGCCCCGGUCCCCCCAGUCCUCCAUCCACUGCUACCUCGUUCAGUGGUCCCCGGCCUCGACGCCAGCCCCCACCACCACCUCGUUCCCCUUUCUAUCUGGACUCUCUGGAGGAAAAGCGGAAGCGGCAGCGGUCUGAACGCCUGGAACGGAUUUUCCAACUUAGUGAGGCUCAUGGGGCCCUGGCACCUGUGUAUGGGACUGAAGUCCUGGAUUUCUGUACCCUGCCCCAACCUGUUGCCAGCCCCAUCGGCCCUCGUUCUCCUGGCCCCAGCCACCCCACCUUUUGGACUUAUACCGAGGCUGCCCGCCAGGCUGUACUGUUUCCCCAGCAACGACUAGACCAGCUGUCAGAAAUCAUUGAGAGGUUCAUCUUUGUCAUGCCUCCUGUGGAGGCACCUCCCCCUUCCCUGCAUGCCUGCCACCCACCUCCUUGGCUGGCCCCACGUCAGGCAGCCUUCCAGGAGCAGUUGGCCUGUGAGCUCUGGCCCCGGGCUCGUCCUUUGCACCGUAUUGUGUGUAAUAUGCGCACCCAGUUCCCUGACUUGAGGCUCAUCCAGUAUGAUUGUGGAAAGUUGCAGACAUUGGCAGUGCUGUUGCGACAGCUCAAGGCGGAGGGCCACCGGGUGCUCAUAUUCACCCAGAUGACCCGGAUGCUGGAUGUAUUGGAACAGUUUCUCACCUACCAUGGCCACCUCUACUUGCGUCUGGAUGGGUCUACUAGAGUUGAACAGAGACAGGCUUUGAUGGAACGAUUCAAUGCAGACAAACGCAUAUUCUGCUUCAUCCUUUCAACUCGGAGUGGGGGUGUGGGUGUGAACCUGACAGGAGCAGACACUGUUGUUUUUUAUGACAGCGACUGGAAUCCCACCAUGGAUGCUCAGGCCCAGGAUCGCUGUCACCGAAUUGGCCAGACCCGAGAUGUCCACAUCUACAGACUUAUCAGUGAACGGACAGUGGAGGAGAACAUCCUAAAAAAGGCAAAUCAGAAGAGAAUGUUGGGAGACAUGGCCAUUGAGGGAGGCAACUUCACCACAGCCUAUUUUAAACAGCAGACCAUCCGAGAGCUGUUUGAUAUGCCCCUGGAAGAGCCAUCUGGCUCAUCCGUACCCUCUGCCCCUGAAGAGGAAGAAGAGACUGUGGCCAGCAAGCAGACCCAUAUCCUGGAGCAGGCACUGUGUCGGGCAGAGGAUGAGGAGGAUAUCCGUGCGGCCACCCAGGCCAAGGCCGAACAGGUGGCUGAACUUGCAGAAUUCAAUGAGAAUGAUGGGUUUCCUGCUGGUGAGGGAGAGGAGGCCAGCCGGCCUGGGGCUGAGGAUGAAGAGAUGUCCCGAGCUGAGCAGGAAAUCGCUGCCCUUGUAGAACAGCUGACCCCCAUUGAGCGCUAUGCCAUGAAAUUCUUGGAAGCUUCACUGGAGGAGGUGAGCCGAGAGGAGCUCAAGCAGGCAGAAGAACAAGUGGAAGCUGCCCGCAAGGACCUGGACCAAGCCAAGGAGGAGGUGUUCCGCCUACCCCAAGAGGAGGAGGAGGGGCCAGGGGCUGGGGAUGAGGUUUCCUGUGGGACUGGUGGAGGCAGUCACCGGCGCAGUAAGAAGGCCAAGGCCCCUGAAAGGCCAGGGACUCGCGUCAGUGAGCGUCUUCGUGGAGCCCGGGCUGAGACUCAAGGGGCAAACCACACUCCUGUCACAUCCACCCAUCAUACCCGUAGCACUUCCACACCCCCACGCUGCAGCCCUGCCAGGGAGAGAGUUCCCCGGCCAGCACCUAGGCCUCGACCCACUCCAGCUUCAGCUCCGGCUGUAAUUCCUGCCCCAAUCCCUGUUCCAAUCCCUGCCCCGAUCCCCAUUUCAGCCCCAAAUCCAGUAACCAUGCUUCCUGUUCAUAUCUUGCCUUCUCCCCCACUUCCUCCUUCACAGAUUCCUCCCUCUUGUUCUUCUGCCUGUAUCCCUCCUCCUGCCUGUACCCCUCCACCAGCUCAUACCCCACCUCCCACCCACACCUCUCUCUCAACUCCUUCCUCCCCUCUCCUGCUUGGUCUACCUUCUGUGCCCAUCUCCCCCCCAGUCACCAACCUCCCCUUUGGCUUGGGGCCUGAGACAGAGCUGUGUGCACAAGCAUUGGCAUCUACCGAGUCCCCGGAGCUGGCUGAUAUGGCCAGUUCCGAGACUUCCCCGCUUACUCUUGUGCCCCCUAAGGAUCUGUUGCCACUUGCUGUUGAGAUCCUGCCUAUAUCAGAGAAGAACCUUUCUCUCGCCUCUUCUGCACCUAGCCCAACCCUGGAGGCUGACAGCGUCCCCAACGGUCAAGAGCAGGAAGUGCCAGAGCCUGCUGAGGGGACCAUCCUCACAGUGCUGCCUGAUGGUGAGGAGGUGCCCUCGUGUCUGAGUGAGAGCAAUGGGCUGGAUCUCCCACCUUCAGCAUCUGAUGAGCUACUUCCGGAGCCAUUGGAAGCUGACAAGAGCUCAGAAGAGCUGGUGGAGGCCCAGACCCCAAUCUCCAGCCCAGAGAAGACACAGGAACUUGUUUCAGCAGAGGUCGCAGCCCCAUCAACCUCAUCCUCCACCACCUCCUCGCCUGAGAGUCCUUCACCUGCCCGGCCCCCUCGGCGUCGCACCAGUGCUGAUGUAGAAAUUAGGGGUCAGGGGGCUGGUCGGCCAGGGCAGCCUCCAGGCCCCAAAGUGCUCCGCAAGCUGCCAGGACGGCUGGUGACUGUGGUUGAGGAGAAGGAAUUGGUGAGGCGACGGCGACAGCAGCGGGGAACUGCCAGCACCCUAUUGCCUGGAGUCUCUGAGACUGGUGCCAGCCCGGGAAGCCCAUCUGCCCGCAGCAUGUCGGGGCCAGAAUCCUCACCUCCCACCAGUGGGCCCUGUGAAGCUGCUCCCCCGUCCACACUGCCCACCCCAACUCAGCAGCCCUUCAUAGCUCGCCGUCGCAUUGAGCUGGGGGUGACUGGUGGGGGCAGCCCAGAGAAUGGAGAAGGGGCACUGCUUGCCAUCACCCCUCCAGCUGUGAAACGUCGGAGGGGGAGGCCCCCCAAGAAGAACAGGUCUCCAGCAGAUGCUGGGCGAGGGGUGGAUGAGGUACCUUCAUCCACCUCUAAGGGAAAAACCAAUGGGGCUGACCCAGUCCCUGGGGCUGAGACCCUUAUUGUUGCGGAGCCUGUCCUGGGACCCCAGCUUAGUCCUGGGCCCCAGCCUCUUGGACCCCAGCCAAUUCACAGACCCGAGCCCAUCAUCCUCUCACCUGUGGAGAAAAGAAGGCGUGGGCGGCCCCCUAAGGCACGAGAUUUGCCCAUUCCUGGGACCAUUUCCUCUCCAGGGGAUGGCAACUUAGAGAGCCGGACACAGCCACUCCCGCUACCACCUCCCCUGCCACCACUCCCACCACUCCUAGCCUGUCCCACUGCUACUGUCGCCAACACUGUCACCAAUCUCACCAUGUCAACAUCCCCACCCAAGCGGAAGCGGGGCCGACCUCCCAAGAAUCCACCAUCACCUCGGCCCAGCCAGCUCCCUGUCUUGGACCGUGACAGCUCUUCUGUCCUUGAGAGCUGUGGAUUGGGGAGGCGGCGGCAACCCCAGGGCCAGGGGGAGAGCGAGGGUAGUUCCUCUGAUGAGGAUGGAAGCCGCCCCCUCACCCGCCUGGCCCGCUUGCGGCUGGAAGCGGAGGGAAUGCGGGGACGAAAGAGUGAAGGGUCCAUGGUGGUGGCUGUAAUUCAGGAUGACCUGGAUUUAGCAGAUAGCGGGCCAGGCGGGUUAGAAUUGACACCUCCCGUGGUCUCGUUAGCUCCAAAACUGCGCUCGACCCGGCUGCGUCCAGGGUCUCUAGUCCCCCCACUAGAGACUGAGAAGGUGCCUCGCAAACGGGCAGGGGCCCCAGUUGGCGGUCCUGGGCUGGCAAAGCGGGGCCGCCUACAGCCCCCAAGUCCCCUGGGACCUGAGGGUUCAGUAGAGGAGUCUGAGGCUGAAGCCUCAGGUGAGGAGGAGGAAGGGGAUGGGUCCCCACGUCGCCGGCCUGGCCCCCGCCGACUUGGUGGGGCCACCAACCAAGGGGACCAGCGCAUCCUGCGCAGCAGUGCCCCUCCCCACCUGGCUGGCCCUACUAUUAGUCACAGAGGCCGCAAGGCCAAGACGUGAGUGGGCUGCUCCUCCACCUAGGCUUUCUGCCAUGGCCCCUCUUCCUCCACAACCAGGCCUGACUCUGUUAACCACUACUUGAAGUCUUGAGGGGGAAAGCCUCCAGGGAGACAUAGGGGCCUUCUCCCUUCUUUCCACCAAAGUAGGGGGUAGGCAACUGGUUGUCAUGGAAAUGGGGCUCUUCACAUACCCCCUUUCCUUCCACCCCACAUGGCUGGGCAGUGUUAAGGGUGGC